UUUUAAAUCGGCCUACAGUCAACACAUUUUAGAACUGAGCUAAUAAAUUAAUGUUAAAACAUUAUAAUCAAUGCAGAACCGACAUCAUGCCGAAACGGUCUUCCUCGCAAGUUCAUGUUUGUUUUUAGUCUAGUGAUCUAGGUGAGACUAACUUUAAUGAGACUUCAGUAAGGCUCCGUUAAGUUCUCAGUGAUGGAUCCCUUCGUGACAUCCGUUAACGGGAUUUCGCGCACUGAAGCCCCGCAGCCGCCGGACCCCUUCUCCGGUCCGCUCGGCUCCAUCUCGCCCUGGAAUUACACCCUCCUGGCCUGCCUGAUGUUCACCGUGACAUCCCUGUCUCUGACCGAGAACUUCACCGUCAUGCUGGUCACCUUCAGGUUCAAGCAGCUGCGCCAGCCGCUAAAUUACAUUAUCGUCAAUCUGGCCGUGGCGGAUUUCCUCGUCUCCCUCAUCGGGGGGACCAUCAGCUUCCUGACCAACGCCAGCGGCUACUUCUUCCUGGGCGGGUGGGCUUGCGUGCUGGAGGGCUUCGCUGUCACUUUUUUCGGUGAGUACGGCACUAACUGUACCGCUUCCGACUUCGUCAGGCUGGGCGUACGGCAUAGACAUAUUCAGCGUGGCAUUGUGGCGCUCUGGUCCUUGGCCGUCCUCGCCUUUGAACGUUACUUUGUUAUCUGCCGUCCGCUGAAGGACGUAUGCUUGGACAACAGGCAUGCUGCCAUGGGUCUGCUGUUCGUCUGGACCUUCUCCUUCAUCUGGACCAUACCCCCCCUGUUCGGCUGGAGCAGCUACACCGUCAGCAAAAUUGGCACCACCUGCGAGCCUAAUUGGUAUUCCACAGAGUAUUCUGACCACACCUACAUCAUCACCUUCUUCACCACCUGCUUCAUUCUGCCUGUGGGCGUCAUCAUCGGCUCAUAUGGCCGACUCAUGCAGAAGCUGAGGAGGGUGUCAAACACACACGAGAGGCUAGGAAACGUGCGGAAGCCUGACCGUGAGGUGGCCCGCAUGGUCAUCGUCAUGAUCGCUGCCUUCAUGGUGGGUUGGACUCCGUAUGCUGCGUUCUCCAUUGUUGUCACAGCAUGUCCCAGCAUCCACCUGGACCCACGCCUGGCUGCUGUUCCUGCCUUCUUCUCCAAGACCGCUACAGUCUACAACCCCAUCAUUUAUGUCUUCAUGAACAAGCAGUUCAGAAAAUGUCUGCUCCAGCUCUUCAAGGGCAACAGCGCUGCCCUCGAAACGCACUUGAACCCCACUUCAGAUCAAGCAGCUGGCACGGCAGAAAGCAAACUGGGCGAAAUGUCCACCAUCACAGCGCGGAUCCCGAUAUCUGGCAGCGGGGGGAGGAGGCCCGAGGAGGAGCGGAGCGAGGGCAGCAGCAGCACCUCCCAGUCGGGCCUCGACAGCAGAAUAUGUCCUGUGUAGGAUGGAGGUCCCUCCCAGCAGCGACUUGAAGCCAGUCACCGAAGAAGACGCCCUAUCAGACACGCACGCUCAUUUGCUGUUCGGCUUUUCAUUUCCAUCGAUAGCCAUGUGCACAGCCAUUUUUAGCAGCUCACUCCUGUCAUCCUCAUCAUAUGACCUGCCCAAGUUACACAUGACCAGUGAAGUGAGGUAGUGUAGGGUUAUUAUUUUACAUGUUCAUUUGUUUUGUUUUGCCAUCAGUCUGACUGUGGCGGGGAAGAAGCCAUUGGAAAACCUUGUUCUGUGAGUGAUGAAGCUGUCCGCUCUGCUGUGUCUCUGAUUGUACGAUUUACUUUACGCUUUACUUUGUGAGUAAUGCUAUGCUGAAACUCUCCCAUUAAGUGUCCGUCUAUCCCUGUCGAUGACCACUCGACUUGAGACCACUGUUGCUCUUUGCUCAUGCAAUUUGUCUGUGUUUGGCACUUUCUGUCGAGUUUUUUGAAACCGUUCCCUGUGAUAAUAAUCUGCAACCUGUAAUUCCAAUGCCAGCCACUAGGCCUUUUAGGAGCUCUGUCAGGUGCUGACUGUGAUACUGCUUUUAAAGCUGACCUGUACUUUCACUUGGCAACCUAACAUGAGUUUUGUAACUGUAAGUUUGUAACUGUGAUUUACUUACUUUAAAGACCUGUAUUCUUCUCGUCUUUCAUUGUAUAGUCUUGUCUGCCUGUAUUGCAUAUCUGCGGCCUGGUGUUUAUUUGUUGUAUGUUUCAGAAUGUUCCUUGACUUGUCUGAUUUCUUCGGUGUGUCUGUCACUCUCGGCCCCCUAAUGAAUCGUCGUGCUAAAUUCACAGCAGGGUGAAAUU